AUGUCCCCACCCAUCUUCCUCCUCAAGAGGCUGCCCUACUGCGGCCACAGCACCAUGCAGCACACCUACUGCGAACACAUGGGCAUUGCCCGCCUGGCCUGUGGAGACAUCACCAUCAACAUCUGGUACGGCUUCACGACGACCCUCCUGUCCUCAGGGGUGGACGUGGUGCUCAUUGCCUUGUCAUACGGCUUGAUCCUCAGGGCCGUCUUCCAGCUGUCCUCCAAGGAGGCCCGCCUCAAGGCUCUCCGCACCUGCGGCUCCCACAUCUGCAUCAUCCUGAUGUUCUACGUGCCUGCCUUCUUCUCCUUCCUCACCCACCGCUUUGGCCACAACAUCCCCAGCUGCAUCCACAUCCUGCUGGCCAACCUCUACGUCAUCGUGCCCCCCAUGCUCAACCCCAUCGUCUAUGGGGUGAGAACGAGGCAGAUACGGGAGCGAGUCACCCACGUGUUCUCGCGGACAGGGAGGUGGAGGUGCUGCUAG